AUGGCGCCAAAUACAGAGAGUGCCUACGAGCUAGUCGACCAGCAUGAUGCCUAUCAAGAGCCGGAACUGGAGGAUACUCCACCUCCGAAGCCACGAUACCAUCGGAGUGCAAGCCGCCGGACGAUCAAGGCUGUCGCGGUCGUUAUUGCAGCCUGUUUUGUCGUAUUCGUAGUCUUUCAGAUCAUCUCUAACGAUGCCAUUGAUCGCUUCCGUAAGGCCAUGGCUGGCGCUGGCAACGGCAUAGACGACUGCCCGUGCCGACCUUCCAAUGUCCCGCAGCACUUCCAGACCCGCCCUCAGCUAUGGCCGGGGCCGACUCUCACAGGCCAGCCUGCAUUUUUGGCUCAGACCGUCGCGUUCAAGCCCUCGGAGACCUAUGUCCCGAACGAACCCCUAGUGACCUCUAUCCCUAUCCAGGGUAUGACGUCGCAGAAUCAAAGCAUCUUCAACAUGAUGGGCUAUCUAUCGCCCUACUUCCCAUCCCCGGGUUUGGCGUUGAUGAGUAUCCGCUUCCACCUGGCGCACAGAUCGUCCAACUUCAUGUAUCCUACUCUGGGGUCUCAAGUCGAGCUCUUUGGUCAGAGAUUGGCCGCUGCGGCGGCCACCUUCAAGGCCUCUGGCGCGCUAAAGUUCCUCAACGACUGGAAGUACGAGCUUGGUGCUGAGAUACUAGUGCCUAAAGGACGUCAGGAACUCUAUGAUUCUGGAGUCCUCCACUCGUACAUGUAUUCGCGCCUCUAUGAUCCCAACACAAAGAUCAUCGCCCGUACUACCACCCAAGACCGUAUGCUCAAGUCCGCUGAGAAUUUCAUGGCCGGAUUCUUCGGUCUUGAAUGGUAA